AUGUUUCCUCGCCGGUUGCUCGCCCGCAUCCUUGCGCUACUUCUCCCACUCGCAGUGACCGCCACUGUUUACCUCUAUCUCUACCCAGUCUUCAAGGGAUGCGCGUUCCCUCUACCACAGUCUAUCUCUCAACAGAGUGAGAAGAAAUCAUUGGGAAACAAUGCCGUGACCAACACACUCCUGCAACACCUCGGUGUUUCAACCGCGGAAGCGAGCCAACCCGCCAUUUUCAGACUCCUAGUUCUCGCAGAUCCCCAAUUGGAAGGCGACACCUCCCUCCCUUUCCCUGAGUAUGAAUUAUACCCACGCAUGCAGACCCACUGGCGUGCUGUCCAGGAAGCAAUCGGCAACAGCACCGUCUUCCCUCCACUAGACGGAAACGUUCUCGCAAACAUCACAACCGGCCUGCGAACGCUCGCAACGGAAGAUAUCCCGCGCGCCCUCAAUUCAGGCUUGAAACGCCUCGAUCUCUUCGGCAACGACUUCUAUCUCGCCCACAUCUACCGCACGCUAUUUUGGUGGACCCGGCCGACACACACAACCGUGCUAGGCGAUUUAGUGGGCAGCCAGUGGAUCUCCGACGAGGAAUUCGCCCGGCGCGGAUACCGGUACUGGAACCGUGUUUUCCGCGGCGGCGAGCGAGUCGCCGACAACAUCACCAGAACCGGUGUUCUCGGUUGGAGCCAAAGCACGAAAGACAAGGCGGCGCCGUUGGAAAUCCUGGGCGCGGACGCGGCCUGGGCUCGGCGCAUUAUCAACGUUGCUGGAAACCAUGAUAUUGGGUAUGCGGGAGAUAUCAGCGAAGCGCGGAUGGAGCGAUUCGAGCGUGCGUUCGGCCGUGCGAAUUGGGACAUCCGCUUCGAGCACCCUGUGAUUACGGCUGGGGAUGAGGCUUUCACGCCUACGCUGCAUUUGAUUAAUCUUAACUCGCUUAUGUUUGAUACCCCUGCGCUUUCUUCUGAGGUUCAGAGUCAUACUUAUUCUUAUCUCAAUGAGUUGAUUGCUGAUCGGCUUGCGCCGGUCGAGGAUCGGUCGGCUUUCACUUUGCUUUUGACGCAUCUUCCCAUGCACAAGGAAGAGGGCGUCUGCACGGAUGGACCGUACUUCUCAUUCCGGGAAUCUGAUGACAAGGACGGGCCUGAUGGUGUGCCUCGUUGGCUGGAUGGUGGUCUCAAGGAGCAGAACCAUCUCAGCGAUUCGCUCAGUGCGAGCGGAGUCCUGCAAGGCAUCUUUGGACUCAGCGGUAAUGAGAAUGCGCGGGCUGGUGGUCAGGGUCGGAACGGACUCAUCCUCACAGGUCAUGACCACACGGGCUGUGAUGCUGUUCAUUACGUCAAUCGGACUGUGGAUGAAGCAAGUGACGAGGAGAGCUCUGCUCAAGGUUGGAAGUGGGCUGCUAAGCGCUUCGAUGGCCAAAAGGUCGACGCUCCUUCCAUCCGUGAGGUGACCCUUCGCUCAAUGAUGGGAGAAUUCGGUGGCAAUGCCGGCCUCCUGUCAGCGUGGUUUGAUGAAGCUGCUGGUGAGUGGAGCUACGAGAUCACUAUGUGUCCAGCUGGUGUACAACAUAUUUGGUGGGCGGUUCAUAUCCUUGUGGUUGUGACGCUGGUCGUGGCUCUGCUUUGGUUCGUUUCUGGUGCUGCUCAUGAGAAGGCACCUGCUCCAAAGGUCCAGCCAGCGAAGAAAAUGUAA